AUGGAAAGGGUUAAAACCGAUGAUAUCGGUGGAGGAGAUCCGUUGGUGUCGAACACGGAUGCCUUGAGCUCUAACACGAGGUUCGCACGCCGUCGCCGUGAUGAGCACAACCCGCCAAAAUGCGCUGGCGGCCAUUUUAAACAGGCAACGGAUACGUUUGUCGGCACGAGAUGGCCGUCACAUACAGAUUUCCAGCGUCCUCACGCGUUUGCAUCUCGCCGCGCUACUAUGAAAUGUGGAAACACGGAAAGUGGCGACAAAAGUCACCACCAAGGACAAACGCGGCCAUUAGAGUUCCCAGAUAGAGAUUGUAUAGUGUACUUUUUAGAGGCC